AUGGCGAGACUGAAUGAUGAGGGAGAGCCACACUCGGCAGACUAUGCCCCAGAUUAUAUCAUAAGCCCCCAGCCUCGUGCCCCUCCCAGCAAGGAGCAUCUAUUCGCCUCUUUCGAGACAUCCCACCUGCCAAUCGAGACCGGAUCGACAAUCGACGAUAGUCAAAUGUCGACGCCAGAUUAUGGAUAUAGCUCUUGCUCUUCGUCGGCUCGACAUUCGAUAAGUGAUAUCUUUGGUCGCGAGAUAGACGACGAGCUGGAGCAGAUGAAGUCUAGGGCAUCGAGUCGCUCAUCUCUGUCUUCUGUUCCGGCCUCCGUGCUCGUACAUCCAAAACCGAUGUCUGCAAUGUCUUUACAUGAUCGAAUCGCUGGAUAUAACUUGGAAGAGGAUGAAGCGAGCUUUGGAGGAUUCGAAGGACCACCGAAGUCGAUUCGGACCAUUCGCCAGCGUGAGGGGGCUUUUCGCAAACCCAGCUCUGUUCGUGCUAUGCAGAUGCACACGGAAGAUGAGGCAGAUGAUGACGAAUAUCUGACACCACCAAGGCGUCGGGGAGGUAUGCGAUCGCCAGGCUCGUCUGCGCCCAAAAGAUCGCCCUACUACUCGCCCAACUUAUCACAAAAUAAACCCAAGCCCAAGGUUGAAAAGGAAUACCCAUUGGUUCUUUUGCACUGCAACUUGCUCGCGCCAUCUCUUCCAGUGCCCGGUGCAGCAUUGCCGCAGAAUCAGAAGUUGCUCGAGGAAGUACUACCGCCUGAGUAUUGGAAACGAUGGAGACGACUCCAGGACAAAGUUGGAUCAGGUGUACUCCGCGACCGAGGAGUGCUGAUCUCCCACCCGGAGGACCUCUACGAUUUGCUGGAAGAACGACUUCUAGAGAGCCUUGAAUUGCAACGUUCACGUCUGCAACAUGGCCACUUUGUUGGCCAUGAAGAGAGCGGUACUGGGUCUGAGGGUGAACAUUCUGACCAAGGCGAGAGCGAAACAGAUGGCGAACAAGAUGAGGAAUGUCCCGAUUGUGGUGGACGUGUCCGACACGGCGACAGUAACCGCAAGUGGGAAAUCAAGGUCUUUGCUGCGAACGGCCUGAUGCGUGCCGGCGCUUGGGCUGCAGCUUGGAAGGAGAUGGAGAAGGUUGACGUCGAGGUUGGACUGUGGUUGCCAUCUGAAGUACGACGCACCCUGGAGAAGAUUCUUGCGGAAGAGAACGCAGCCAACGCCAUCGAGGAACUACAUGCGUCGCCGCCCAUUGACCCUGUUUCGCACUUAGCUAUGGACCCACGCCGCUUAUCUGUCCAGACACACACAAGAACAGUUAGCGAAGCAGGAUCCUUCCAAGCUGGUGUAUCACCCUCGGUGCCCCAGCCCAAUAUCGCCGACAUGCACUUCUCGCCAAGUGGAAGCGAGAGAAAAGAGCACGAAGUUGCCCUUCAAACUCUUUUGAUCAACUAUAUUCGUGUACUUGCGGGAGACAGACGUAAUAUCGCUCUGGUCUUUAUGAGCAUUCUGGUGGUUUUCCUUGCCAUUGGGGCCCGUUCUCAGCAGUCGCUGGUGCAACCAUCUUUCUACCCACUUCCUCCUGAGAUGGCCGAGUCGUCUGUGAUUUGGGAAAUCACCCAUGCAUCCUCUCCUUCUAUUGUUUCCUCGAGCGCGGCAGUGGCUGAGUCUUUCGAGGCACCGAUCAAAUUUCCAUCUAGUCUGGAUUCAGAAACUUACAUUCCAAGCUCAGUAAAGGAAGUUCCUACGUCUUCCAUCCUAGCUGCGUUUGAGACUGCAGAGCCCACCGAGACUUCAGAGCUCACCGAGACUUCAGAGCUCACCGAGACUUCAGAUCCUACCGAGCCUACCAAACCUGCCGAGCCUGCCGUAUCAACGGCGUUUUAUGAGCCGAUUGAGACCGCUGAGCCCACCGAGACUGAGACACAGCCAAUUGAGCUAAAAGCAGCAACUGAGUCAGUCCUCGAGCCAGAGUUAGUCCUCGAGCUAGAGUCAGUCCUCGAGCCAGAGUCAGUCCUCGAGCCAGAGUCAGUCCUCGAGCCAGAGUCAGUCCUCGAGCCAGAGUCAACCCUUGAAAUCACGGACGAGGAUCUCGAUUAUCAGGCGACGGAUGAAGUCAAAGAUCACCACAUUGAAUUGGAGCCACUCGAUAAGCCCAUCGCCGACAAGCACUGA